AUGUGUGUUUUGAUUGACAUUUCUAGUGGCUUUGGGUAUUGCGGUGUCACCUCUGAGUUCUGCGGUAAAGGCUGCGAGCCUAAUUCGAAGGGUGGAGGUUGUGGCCAACCGGACCGCGCAACUUGCUCAGAAAAUACAGACGCCAUGUCCUAUGACCGACGCAUUGGAUACUAUGAGUUAUUCAACAUUGGCAAAGGAUGCAAUGUGAUUGAGCCAGAGUCUCUUGUGAUCGAACCGUUCUCUCAUAUCAAUCUCGCUUUCGUGAAUUUUGGAGCCGACUAUACUCUCAUCAAUGAGUAUGGACAGCUUGUUGAUAGAAUGUCGUUCCUCAAAUUUUCCAAUCCGGGUCUCCGCGUGAAUAUCGCGGUAGGAGGGUGGACAUUCAGUGACCCGCCAAAUCAAGGGCUUUGGAGCGACAUGGUGAGCUCUCACGGAAACCGACAGGCUUUUAUUAGCUCUGUAGUCGGUUAUCUACAAAAUUACCACCUAGACGGCGUUGACCUUGACUGGGAAUAUCCGUCUGCAACAGACCGUGGAGGUCAGGCCGAUGAUGCAGCCAACUAUGUUACUCUGGUGGCAGAAAUGCGCGAGGCCUAUUGGUACCUUCGUGGUUUUGAUGUGGAAGGAAUGCAAAAAUAUGUGGAUUAUUUCAAUCUCAUGAGUUAUGACCUGCACGGUAUGUGGGACCGGAACAGCAAAUGGACUGGUCCGUACCUCGAAGGGCAUACAGAUAUCUCUCAAAUCGAGCUCGGUAUGGACCUGCUCUGGCGAAACAACAUCGAUCCAGCCAACGUCGUCUUUGGAUUUGCAUUCUACGGUCGCUCAUUCACCAUGGAGGAUGUGGAUUGCUCGAAACCAAAUGGAAAAUGCCAAUUCAGCACUGGGGGUGCACCUGGAACAUGCACUGACACUGCGGGAAUCUUGUCCUACGCAGAAAUCAGCUCUCGGAACAACUCGUUAGAUGUGCACACAGAGUAUGACCCUGAAACGACAGUGAAAUACAAUGUGUAUCAGGGCUCACAGUGGAUAUCAUAUGACGAUGCACAGUCCUUUAACGACAAGAAGAAAUUCAUUUCAAAGCGUUGUCUAAGUGGUUGGAUGAUUUGGGCAAUUGAUCAGGACGAUGGCGAAUUCAAUGCUCUGUCAGGUCUGAUCGGACAGGAUCUGUCGACAUUACAAAUGAAGGGAAAUGGCGACGGUCGCUCCAAAAAGGUCCUUGCUGACACUUUUGCCGCCUAUACCGGGCAAAAUUGCUUUGUGACAGAUCGCUGUACCAAUGGCGAGCAGAAGUUUUCGGAUCAAAUCUGCCCUUCAGGCUACCUUUCGGUAGAGACGGCGCAUAACCCUUACCAGGCUGGUGGCAAGAGUCUCCAUGGCGACUGCGAUGAGGGCUGGUUCCGACAUAUCUGCUGCCCGAAAGAUGCCAUGCCCAAGAAUUGCGAAUGGAACGGAGCUCCAGAGCGCAGCGAGUUCGGAUGCGCUGGAAAGUGCGGCAGCACCCAGUUCAAACUCAAUCAAGAUACGGCGCUUGACGCAAAAGGUGAAGGCCAGUGUUUUACAGGUGCUCGUUUCCUUUGCUGUGAUUCUGCUGCCAUGUUCCAGAGGUGCAGCUGGACCGACUGCCAGGGGCCUUUGGUCGAAUCCGACCCGACUAAAUGCCCUACGGGUGAUGAAUUCUAUACUUAUCGCUUUGAUAAGCCAAGUGGCAAACCCUGGUGCUCAGACACAUAUGUAUCGCCUACCAAUGGCCAAGUAGGUAGUCCGCAUAAGGAGGCAUUUAAGAGUGGAUUAUGCUGCUCAGAAGAUCAGCCCUUCAAAAACUGUCAAUGGACUAACAUCUACACUAACGGGGAUCCAUUGGGUGAAACCUGUAAGCCACGACCAUGCUCACCAGGCAGAGUGAAGAUCGCCAGUGCAAUUGAACCCAGGGCUGCUCCCAAAAGCCAGGGCCCUGGGAACCUUGAUUCAUGCGAGACCCAUGUCCCCGAUGAUGGCAUGAACCCAGAGUGGUCAUAUUGUUGCGAUCCUCCAACCAAGUACAACAAGAACUGGCCCGUUAAUCCCAAAUAUCUUUGGGAGAAAUACUACAACGACCCUGACAGCUCGGACGUGGCUUGGAAAUACAGCGAUGAAUACGCAAAUAACGAUGAAGAUGACGAACGAUCUACUGAGGAAGAUGGCACUGAUGCGUAUGGUUUUGUCAUGCUGGAUGGUCCUGAGGGAUCGCUUGACAACGACUUCUCAACCACCCAGACCGUCGUUCGACGCUCAAUCAAAGCUCCCCUGAGGAAGCGAUCUGUUCUGACCAACAAUCAGACGGCGAUGGAUAGGGUCUUCGAUCAUGCUGAGGAGACAUUUCACGUCUACUGCAAUUAUCCUGCUGGAUCAAAGCAGUGCGAGCGCGUUUUUAUCGACGGUGCAGAGGACACAAUUAUCUCACUCCCUCCUCAUGUUGGCGAAGGUCCAUUUGCACGCAUUGUGUCGAUGAAGCUGGCAGACGGCUAUCAGCUGCCAGAUCACCACCUCCAUCACCGUUCUUUGGAAAAUAUCAACAAUCCAGUGUAUAAGGUGAAGAUUGAUUAUAAUUUUCAAGAUAUCAAGCUUAAGCGUGACGAUGAUGCAGUACAAAUACGUGUUGAUUAUACUAACCUGCUGGGCUACUGGGAUGAGAUGACGGGCUCUCCAGCUCGUCGGAGGAAGCGUGGCGUGAAUGAAGAACCCUACAGUCAAGAUGAAUGGCGUGCAAAGGUUCGACGAGCAGCUUCUCAAGACAAAAAGCUUCGGAAACGUGAAGAGCCCGUGAAAGUGAGAACACCAUUUGAUGUCAGCGGCUCCCAUCUUCAGAAGCGUUGGUUCGGAGCUUUCGGGGAGUGGUUAAGGAAAUUAACCACUGUCACGGAGAGUAGUGUUGGUGUGAUUGAGUUAGGCCUGAGCAAAACGAUCAAUUUAUUCUAUGCCAAAUGGGGAUGUCCUGGGGAGACCUUCUAUGGUGAACUCAAGAUGGAUCUAGAAGCAGAAUUAAGCAUGGACGCAAAAUAUGCAUAUUAUCUGUCAGCAACUUUCAUCCCUCCAAGCAAGCCGGAAACAUUUGCCUACUUUGGAAUGGAGCCUGAAGCAUACAUUGGUCUGCAUAUCGAAGGAAGGGCUCAGGCACAGACUCAAACCAAGCGAAAAAAGAUCAUCGAUACGCUCACCUACCCCGGAUUGGCCGUCAAGGGAAUUGCAGCUGUCGGUCCUACCUUAGAUGUCUAUGGCCAGAUCCGUGGAAAAGUCACACUGUAUGGCUCACUUGAAGCGGGAGCUAGAAUGUCCUUUGGAAAGGCCGAGGUAUUCUGGCCCCAGGAUGAUGAGGUUCAAGAGAAGUACACAAACCUUCUCGGCCUGGAAAGUAAAACGGAUUCACCAGCUCCUGGUGAGAUUGAGCCUAUUUUCCACGCUGGUGUGGCUGUCGAUGCACAGAUCGAUGUUAUUAUCACCCCACAAGCCAACAUUGGUAUUAAAAUUGGCGGUGGUAAACUCGUGGCUGGCAAGACUUUGAUGGACGCACAGCUCAGUGGCUAUGUCAAUAGUGACCUCUCGUUCCAAGCUCACGGAGACUAUGACUCCUCGGACAAUUCCUUCCACUACCGAUUUGGCGCCUAUCUAUACUAUAAUAUCGGAUACAAGGCAAAGGCAAAGAUUCUCAGUUUCAUUGACUGGGCAACGGGAGAUCGCACAGCCUACUCGCCCGACAAGAUGCUUAAACUUUACGAGAAGAAGGGCACGAUUCCGAUGUCAGAGUCGGACGCUAAAAAGAGAGAUGCGUCGAUUGACGCAGAUGUCGAGAAUUCAUAUGACACAGAAUUAUUCGCCAACAGCACGCAUUACGUUAUGAGUCCAGCUGCAGAUCUCUUCCGCCGAGCUGACGUUACGGGCAUGGAUCCUAAAACUCCCCAAUUCUCUAACAAUGGCAAAUGCCCGCCCGGUGCCACGGGUUUCAGGGUGCCAGAAUUAAAAUUCAAUUGCGCAUUUCUAAAGACAUACCAGGUGUCUAACCAGGUCAAAGAUGCUAGUGGUAAUCUUGUGACAGUCACAGACGACGUCCCUGGUCUAUGUGACGAUAUUGUCAAACUUCAGCCAUUGAUUACACAAUUCACUUUCUCUCAGGAUGGCGUGUCUGGCAGGCGCUUGAGUGUUUGUCCAAAAAGCUCAUGUGCACCGAAAAGUAAAGAGCUCAGCGCGAAAUUGGGCACAUCACUGUUACUUCAGUGUGAUGAGUUUCCCUGGGGAUCCAGCGAGCAGGGAGGCACAUAUCUACCUUCGAAUCAGCGUCGCACUAAAUGUGUGCCUAAUUUCCAAAAUAACUGGCAUGGAAAAUGCGUUCAAUUGAUCGGCCAACUGACAUCCAACUGGAAACAAUUGAACUCCGCGAUGCGGGUGGAUGACGACGUGGAUUCACACUGGGUCUCCUGGCAAAACAAAAGGGAGUGGACCAAAGACGGUGACUAUGGACCUGGAGGCGUAUUCAAGCAGAAGCUCGUCGUGUAUGGCGAUAAAAUGCCACCACCAGACGGCGCUGAUCAGUUGGGGAAUGAUAAGCUAUCCUGGGCUUAUAAACGAGACUAUGAAGCAACCUGGGCUCAGCCUCAAAUCUCCAUGACGUCGGCAGAUUGGUGGGAUGCGGGUAAACCCGAAUUUGUGAACCAAGGAUACAAGGGGCCUCUAGACAUGGACUCAAUUCUUUGCGCAGUCAACCAUUUCAAUCAGGAUGAUGCGUAUAAAUUGCCGGGCGUUGAAGUCAGCAGCGACGGAACAGUAAAGACAAAUCAGCCGUACAACGCUCUUUGUAAGCGUGACAAUGGUCCUGGCAUGAAUCCAUCCGGCUGGCAGAUGCGCUUCAAUAUGGGCAGGUGUUUGGUUCGUUUUGCAAACACUGCGAGCAGCGGCAGCUCGAGCGGGGCCUCUAAAAGGGACACUGACAAUUGGGGUGGAUGGCAGGUUGAAAGCAUUGAAUAUGUGGAUGACAUGGAUGAGGACUCGGAUGAUUUCUUGUGA